UCCACUAGCCUCUCCGUUCUUUGUCCCCGACCAUUUGCCAGCAAAAACCCAAACCCUGGCCUCUCCGUUCUUUGUCCCCGACCAUUUGCCAGCAAAAACCCAAACCCUGGCCUCUCCGUUCUCUGUCCCCAAAUCGACGCCACCAGACCUCCUUGUUCCGGAUCCAAGACGAACAUCACCAGCCGCCACUGCGAAGGUGUCAUUGAUGAUGAUGUAUAUGAGGUCAAGUUUUGGCCCAGCCUCAAGGCUCGCCAGCAAGAUCGAUGUUGACGAAUUUGAUGAGGCAGCGACUUCUCACAGUGGCGACGCGGCGGAGUGGAGUCUCAACCCAGAUCUGGUGAUAGAUCUUGAUUCUCAUGGAUUCGAUUUUGCGACGAAAGAGAACCGAUGUCGGAGGAGGAAGGAGAAAGAUCGAUUCGCUCCAAUUGGAAUAAGAAACCCGCCUCCGCCGAUAAAGUUCCGCGAGUCUUCUUGGCUGAACGAUGGCUUUGCUGAAUCUCUAAAUCGGGGGAAGGAUGGGGAUUGGGGAGAGACAGAUCAAAGAUGGAGACGGAUUGGUGGCGGAGGCAAAACAGUGGUGAAGGAGAAGGAAAGGGAGGAUUGCUCGAAGGAGGUUCUGGGUGGUGGUAGAGCGAUGACGAACUGGUGGUGGAUGGUAGUGUAUCGGACGGGAGGGUUAUUCGUGGUGGGGGGGGGGGGCGAUGGCAAAACUGGUGGCGGCGGAUUGGUUCAGGUAAGAGGAAGAGGCGGAUUGGGUCAAACCAGUGUAUCAGAGGGAUGAUUGCGGUGGUGGCGGAUUGAGUCGGCAAGAGGAAGAGGCGGAGCAAGCUCGGGAUUGGGAUUGGGAAGAUAGAUUAGGAAUUUUUAAAUUUUUGCUUUUUUUAAUUGUUAUUUAAUUAUUUAAAAAUAACACAUAAGAUGCCACGUCAACGCUGACUGAAUUUUCUGUUAAAUACUAACAGUCAACGCUGGUCAACAUUAACGGAAUAAUAGUUCAGGACAUAAAUGGGAUAUUGAAAAGAAUAGGACACAAAUGACAUUUUUGUCAUAGUUCGGGUGUUGUAGUGGUAUUAGCCCUUAAAUAUUUGUAGUGACUAAACAUGAACGUUUUUUGUAAUCUCAGUAGCCAACCAUGCAAUUAACCCUUAAACAAACUACGCAUAACAUCGGGUUAGAUUAGGUCCUUAAACCCCAUUCAUUAAGGAGAAUCUUAAACCCUUGCCAACCAAUAGGAAGAGGAGAGAGAUAAUCAUAAGUAAUUAUUGGCUAACUACCAAUAAGGGCAAGAAUGUAAUAUAAUUAAAAAUUAAUUAUAUUAUUAAUAAAAUUAAAAAAACCCCUUCUCCUCCCACGGUUUUCUUCCCUACAUCCUCCUCCCUCACCGUUCACCGUUGAAGAUUAGAAAACACCAGCUCUACCGUACUGCCCGGUCACCGUCGUCCUUUUCUGUCAAUUGUCUCACGACGCAACAAACGAGGAUACCACCGUGGACCACGACCGACAUCUUGUAGCCGUGGAUCUGCCGGUGAAACUUCUCCAUCGUCUCCUUUGAAAUUGCGGCGCCCCUACUUCCACCACGAUCGGCGUCUAGUAGCUUCGAUCCGCCGGUGAAAAUUCCCCACUGUCCUAUUAUCUACGCCGGUGAAGAUCCGAUCCGCUCCGUCCCGUGCCGGUGAAACUUCUCCAUCGUCUCCUUUGAAAUUGCGGCGCCCCUACUUCCACCACGACCGGCGUCUAGUAGCUUCGAUCCGCCGGUGAAAAUUCCCCACUGUCCUAUUAUCUACGCCGGUGAAGAUCCGAUCCGCUCCGUCCCGUCGUGUCUCUCUCGUCCGUAGUUGGUGAGCGGUGGAACCCCCAAGGCCCCAACCGUCUUCAAGUGCUUUGGCAACCGCCGUCAAUGAUUCUCGUCAUUAAUAAUUACCAUAAUAUGAUUAAUAAUAGUAGCAUGUUCGGUUAAUAAUGUAUUAUAAUAUUGAUUGACGUCGUGGUUGAAUAUUAUUAAAAUUGUAGCAUUAAUUUGUUAAUAACGUUGGUGAAAAACCUCAAAUUGAAGGCUCCUCUAAUUGUCAUAGCGAUGUAGUUGCCAGUUAAUAAUUACCAGAAUAUAAUUAAUAAUAGCAACAUUGUAGGUUAAUAAUGUAUAAUAAUAUUGAUUGACGACGUGGUUGAAUAUUAUUAAAAUUAUAACGUUGCUGGAAAAUCUCAAAUUGAAGGCUCAGCUGAUUAUCAUAGUGAUGUAGUUGCCGGUUAAUAAUCACCAUAAUAUGAUUAAUAAUAGUAGUAUUUUCGGUUAAUAAUGUAUAAUAAUAUUGGGUGACGACGUUGUUGAAUAUUAUUAAAAUUGUAACAUUAAUUUGUUAAUAAUGGUGUCGAGAAUAUUGACACAAAUAAAAACAUGUCUAAAAGUUUCAUGAUCGGGUAAGAACAUGAAUAAUGGCACAACUUGUUAGUUACCAGUUAAUGACUCUAAUGUUAUUGUUAAUAGUAGUGCAGUGGCAGGUUAAUAAUGAUUAAUAAUAUUG